AAUUUAAUGGUUCCACAGGAUACCCCCUUUGAGGAACAAUACGCCCGAAUUAUCUGUCACCACCAGGAUUAUUUUCACAGACUGCAAAGUCGCAGGGAAAAGGCAAACAAGGUUGCGACAAUCCGGCAGCACUAUUACCCAGAAGGUGAAUGGGGAUGGGCCGUUUCUGGGUGUGCUUUCGUUGUCCACCUGCUUACAAAUGGUAUAGUACUAGCGUUUGCCCAUCUGCUCGGCCAGGUGCAUCAAAAAUGGAAUCAUGUUCCCCAAAUCAACAUAGGAAGUCGUUUGAUGACAACAACGCCUCCAAAAGCUUACGCGAUGAACAAAUUCAACCUUCGUCCAUCUUUAGAGCUGCGAUUUAAACCUGAUGAAGCAAAACAGCUGAUGAAAGAGAUUGUGAAUCCACUUUUGGACUCUAUCGAAAAGUACGACGCAACCAUAAUAUCGCAGCUGACGCGUCGAAUCUCAGAAGAGGUAGUGCGACGACUCAAGGAGCUUUCAGACCAUGCCAAUGAGGAGGAGGAAGCUGUCAGGCCAUCGACGGCAGCCAGUAUUCGUAGCUUAGGCGACGGUACGACUGGGGGGCGGUAUAAGAUUAUCUGUCACACCGUUAUAGUGGAGAACCGCGGAGCCGGUAUUCGGGUAUCAUAUGGUCAGCAAUGGGAUAUCGACUCAGACGGUGCUGUGUCACAUUUCUACGCUAGCAGCUGUCUCCAGUGUAUUUGUACGGUGCUCGCUAUAUUCUACUACUGACUGACGGUGUGGAAAAUACGAGUGGCCGAAAAGGAACAAUGGCGGCUGACUGAAUCGGGCGAUGUUAACCCUUUGGAAAAUCGAGCUGAAAAAACAAACAUCGAAUAGGGCCUACGGGAUUAAAAACAAGUAUCUCAGGUUCAGGAGAGUUCUGCGCCGCUGCUUCCCUAAGGAUAGAGUUGUCGUCGUUGUCGAAGGAAAGUCAACGAAGACAGCGACGCCGAAGUCUAAAGACGUCACGAAUAACCCCGUCAACAACAACGGAAAACAAGCUGGCACCACUACUACGACAGACGGUUCGGAUCGCUUUCGGCUGCUUGCCAAGGAAGACUAAGACCAAAGCAUUAAAAACUAGCCGUAAGCGAUGUUCAGAGUAUCACCACCUUUUAUCACCAAUAAAGGUGCUUGUUUUGUACGGACGACCCAGCAAGUUAACUACCCUAGCGAUAGUCCUUUAUUGAAUAAGGCAAGUGACAUGAGAAAGAACGUAUGCCAGUAGUUCUUACAUAUGCCUUAGAAGUAUGACUUGCUGAGGAAAAGAAAGCUCUGGCUAUGCAACCAACGCUUGUAAUCGGCGCUGACUUCGCACCUCCAUGGAUGAUACAUCAGACAACGUUUGUCUAGCUUCAGCCUGCCUGUCUGACUGGUUGAAGUCUGUUGCAGUUGCAUUCCCUAGGCAUCCGAGACGUGCAUCAGUUCCGUCUAGGCAAAUACAAUUUCAGCGAGACCUCUACCUCGGUACUGUAUCUCCGUAUUCCUUGUGAUGUGGAUCCUACACUUGUUUCAUAGGCAAAGCCACUAAUCUAGACGCAAGCUCUCCUAGCUUGUUCGCCGUUAUCUCCUGCAGCUACGGUUAGCCACUGUCAAGUAGCCGAUGUAUGCACGGAUAUUUUGCCAAUUGAUCUGAAGAUGCAUCGUUGAAGUCCACUGUGUAGCAAAUAAAAAAAAAAACCUCUAGUGUAUUGCCUCUAAGAGUUGUUAAAUAUAAGCUGAACUAACUAAACGUAGUUCGCCAAAUGCCAGAAUAUGAUGAAAACUAUAAUUUACUGACAUUAUUUUAUUUAUAACAAGAUGAAAAACAAUGUUUGCAUGAGAUCCUUUUCGAGAAGAAUGGCCAUAAUGAAGGUAUAUUAACAAGGAUAUAGAAUCUUAUACAAAUGUGCAUUGCAUCAUGAACCGAGCUGCUUCAAUAUCGGGUGCAUCCAAGCAGCAUUCACGAACAUAGCAAAUGUAUUUAAGUCGGCAGCAGUGCUAUAUAAUGUUAAUACUGAUCUAUUCUUUCUGCUCCAACUGCGAUUCCAAAAUGGACUCCUUUUCAGUGUUUGUCGGAAGUG